AUGCUGAUGAGCGCUCUCAGAUGCGCGCGAAAUAAUCACUGCUGCCUCUUGCAUCCAAGUUCAGCGCCUCCCUGGCUUCUUUGGCGUACUUCGCUCCUAUCGCGCCCCAAGUCGCCCCAUAACACCAUUUCUGGAAGUCGAAUCGAGCCGGGCCCCAUUGAACUGCGUGCAUCUGUCCCGGUGGCAACCGGAACCACAAACGUAGGCGUACUAUGA